AUGUGUUCAGAGGUUCAAUUAGUUCUAGCAACUCCCAUAUUCUACAAAAAUGUGUUGCAUUAUUUUUCGAUAAUUUCAACUCCAAUUAAUUGCUUCGCAGUUUACUGUAUCAUUUUUAAAACUCCAAAAUCCGUCGAUUCGGCGAGAAUUUGUAUGUUAUUGUUGAGUUUUUGGUGAGUAAUCAGACUUGGAGAAAACUUUUUUAAACUAAUUUGUAGUUCAUCUCUUCUGGAUUUUGAGAUUGGUAUCUUAUUAACCCCAUUUAUUUUAUUCCCAACGAUCUCUGGAUAUUCUUUGGGAUUUUUCAGUUUCUUUCAAGUCAAAGAAGAAAUUCAGAUAUUCAGCACUCUUGUUGUUUUUAUAGCUACAAGUGCAUCUAUCAUUUGUUUACUCGAAAAUAGAUUUAGCCAAUUAAAUAACACUUACAAACUAAAAAAUAGUCUAAUCAUAAGUGUCUCAAAUGUUUUUAUCGGCUCAAUUUCUAUAUUGAUUAUUUUGAAGGAUUUACCAGAUCAGAAUGAGGCAAGCGAGCAAAUAUUUAAUGUAAGAAUAUAUUUUUUUUGAAAAAAAUAACAGAAUUUUAAAAUUUUAAAUUUAAGUCUCUCCCAUGUCUCACAAAAAUCGAGAGCAAAAAUCUAUUCAUUCUUUCCCUUGACAUUGAAUUGAUGGGAUUUCUAAUAAGCGCAACAACAUUAGCAUUUUGUAUUCAAGGAAUAUUUUUCGUUUUGGCAACCUUCCAACGAUUAUAUUUUCACAAAGCCCUAAAUCUAUCAGCGCAUACAAGAAAACUUCAAAAAUCAUUUUUUCUUGCGAUUUGUCUUCAAGUUUCAAUUCCAAUUAUGGUUAUUCUUAUACCGUGUGUUUAUAUUGCAGUAUCUUGUUUAUCACAUUAUCAUAAUCAGGGUGAGGGAGAAUUUUCUAGGGUUGAUUCACGAAAAGUCAAAAAAUGUCAAAAAACAUUUAGUUUUUCGAGUUUUUCAGCCAAAAAUUAUGACAAAUCGAUAUUUUUGAAGCUUCUGGAGUGAUUUCUGAUGAAAAUUGACCUUCAGAAGUUUUUUGCUGAUUUUUCGUAAAAUAGAAAAUUUCAAAUUUUGAUGAAUUUCGAAAAAACUGAAUAAAAUACGGUUCUCAGAGCUUCUGGAUUGAUUUCUGAUGAAAAUAAGCUUCGAGAACCGUAUUUUACUUAAUUUUUUCGAAAUCCAUCAAAAUUUGAAAUUUUUUUAUUUCACGAAAAAUCAGCAAAAACUUCUGAAGGUCAAUUUUCAUCAGAAAUCACUCCAGAAGCUUCAAAAAUCUCGAUUUGUCAUCAUUUUUGACUGAAAAACUCGACAUUUUUUGACUUUUCGUGAAUUGAAAAAAACAUUUUUUCGUUCGUAAAUCAGCCCUGCUGAAAGAAUUUCAGCCCUCAACAAUCUCGCCAUAAUAACAAUCUGUUUUCACGGAACCCUAUCCUCAAUCUCCAUGAUUUUCGUCCACAAUUGUUAUCGUCACGUGCUCCUAAGACUUCUCCUAACUCCAAUUAAACAACUCGCCAAAAAACAUCGUCAUAAUAUCGUUUCAAUUUUAUUCUGA